AUGUCCGUCCUAAGCGUCCACGCCUCCGCAACGCACUCCUUCUCCAAGCCCCGCGUGCCCAGCAUCACCCUCCUGCCCAACCUGGGCGUGCGCGGCGACGCACACGCCGGCGCCACCGUCCAGCACCGCUCGCGUCUGCAUAUCUCGCCCCCGCCGCCGAAUCUGCGCCAGGUGCAUCUUAUGCAUGUCGAGAUCCUGGAUGCUGCUGCUGCUGGUGAUGGUGGCGGUAGUGAUAGUGGUGAUGGUGGUGGUGGUGGUGGUGGUGGUGGUGGUGGUGGUGGUGGUGGUGGUGAUGGCGGGAGUGGCGGUGGCAAGCUGCGGCCCGGUGACCUGGGGGAGAACAUCACCACGCGCGGGAUUGAUAUGUUGAGUCUUGGGAAGGGGACGAGGUUGCGGUUUGUCGUCGUACGCGGCGGCGGGGAUGAGGCUGAGGAAUGGCAGGCAAGGGGACGGCGCGGAGGUGGUGGUCACGGGGAUUGCGGAACUCGUACGUUCGUUGUGCGCGGGCCGGAUGAGCGGAUCGUCGCACGUAAGGCCGGUCCUCCUUGA